UUGAACCUAAAAAGGCUUUUUCAAGAGAUUGUAGAAGUGUACCUUCAUCUGCUCUGUUCUAUAUAUAUAAUUGCAACUUAUUUCACCUAAUAGUCAUAUUAAACUCCACUUUCUAUGCAUAUCUAAGCUACUACUACUAAUUUCUCAUCUAACACCCCCCUUAGUCUCUGAAAUCCGAAUCACUUGAUAAAAUUAAGAUUUUUCUGUAAAAUGGGGAGUGCUUGUAAUGUUAAUUUGGAGCUUACAGUAAAGAAAGAUGAGCCUACAAGAGUCCCACCAAUGGAGGAAACUGAAAAAGGACAUUACUUCCUAUGCAACUUGGACCAAAACAUAGCUGUUAUUAUGAGGACGAUCUACCUGUACAAGUCAGAAGAGAAGGAAACUAUAGAUGUUGCUAAAGUUAUCAGAGAAUCAUUGUCUAAGGUUCUUGUGCAUUUCUACCCUCUUGCGGGGCGGUUAACGAUCAGUCCUGAAGGAAAGUUGAUUGUUGAUUGCACGGGAGAAGGGCCUUUUUUCGUCGAAGCAGAGGCAAAUUGCUCUGUGAUGGAGAUGUUAGGCAUAGCUAGUGCUGAUCCUAUGGUACUGAAAAACCUUGUAUAUGAAGUUCCUGGUGCCAAAAACAUCAUUGAGACUCCUACUUUUACUGUUCAGGUUACAAAGUUCAAGUGUGGAGCCUUUUCAGUAGGCAUGGCCAUGAACCAUUGUAUGGCUGAUGGAAUUUCUGCAGUGGAGUUCAUCCAUUCAUGGGGUGAAAUAGCGCGAGGAUUACCCCUAAGCCUCCCACCAGCUCUAGACAGGACUAUCCUCAGUGCACGAAACCCACCUAUGAUCGAAUUCCCACAUAAUGAAUUUCUUGAUAUUCAAGACAUAUCAAAAACCCAUGAACUCUACGACGAAGAAAUGAUGUAUCGUUCUUUCUCUUUCAACCCUGAGAAGCUAGUACGAUUAAAGAACAAAGCCUUAGAACACGGAGUUUUAACCAAGUGUACUACUUUCGAGGCAUUAACAGCCUUGGUCUGGAGAACGCGAUGCAAAGCUCUAAGGAUGAAUCCUGAUCAACAAACGAAGCUUCUGUUUGCAGUUGAUGGGCGCUCUAGAUUCAAUCCUGAAUUGCCUAAGGGUUUUUUUGGGAACGGGAUUGUUCUGACUAACGCGCUCUGCAAAGCAAGAGAUCUACUUGACGAACCUUUGUCACACGCGGUAGAGUUAGUUCAAGGAGCAGUUAAGUUGGUUACUGAUAGUUACAUGAGAUCUGCCAUAGACUACUUUGAGAUGACAAGGGCUAGGCCUUCUCUUAAUGGUACACUAGUGAUCACAGCUUGGUCUAGAUUAGCAUUUCAUUCCCCUGACUUUGGAUGGGGUGAGACGAUUUACACGGGGCCUGUUGGCUUGCCUGAGAAAGAGGUCGCAUUGUUUCUCCCUAGUGGAGAGGAUAGGAAAAGCAUAAGUGUGAAUCUUGGAAUGCCAGCAUCUGCUAUGAAGGUAUUUGAGGAAGAAGUCAUGCAGAUUUAACAAGCUCAAAAAGUUAUUGGCCUGGUCUUGCUGUUUAUUGAAAGAUAUAUAUAUGUUUGUAUUAUGGUACAUAAGCUCAGAUAUUGGUAUAUAUACAGAUAUGGAAUUUCGUUCUGAUGACGGUAUAAGAUCCUUUCGUCAGGUUUCAGUUUCUCAUUGAAACUUAGGUGUUUAAUUAAGAUUGGAGUGAAAUUACACAAAUAAUCAAAUCUAUGUUUAUGUUGUGUAUCAUAUGUGAUAUAAUAAAUCAUAUUAUGUAUUGACAAAUAGAUCAUAUUAUGUAUUGACAACCACUUAAAUAAAUAAAUGUGAAUGAGAUACAUUGCACAAUGUGUUUGAUUAA